AUGGCCUCAAGCAGAUUCGGCACCUCCGCCCUCCACCAACGCGACCCCCGCUCCGCCCUCUUCGACUCCUACACCGGCGACCGAAAUCGAGCUGCUAGCGCUUCACCGGGCGGAUAUGGCUACGCGGGGUCGAGUAGCAGUGGCAUGGGGCCCGGUGGGAGCGGGAUGGGGCAGGUCAAUGGGGCGUUUCGAAGUGCUACGCCGAAUUCGAGAGGUCAAUACAGCGACGCCGUACUCUCCGAACUCGAAAAUCAAAAUGACCAGCACCUCGAGGGCAUAAGUGCCAAGGUGAAGAUGCUGAAGGAUAUCACCGUCUCCAUCGGCGACGAGAUCCGCUCCUCUUCCUCCAUGGCGGAUAGCAUGAAUGACUCGUUCGACAGCACACGCGUGCGGUUACGAGGGACUAUGAAUCGCAUGUUGCGGAUGGCCGAGAAGACGGGCGUCGGGUGGAGAGUUUGGCUUGGGUUUUUCGUGGCGGUGUGGUUGGUCUUUGCUUAUGUUUGGCUGUUCUAA